AUGCCUGACCUGCGCCGUCAAAUCUUCGAGAGCGGCAAGACGAUGUCACGCAAGGCUGCCUCUCGUGAAGGCUCCCGUCGUCCGUCACGAGCCACUUCCGCUCAGAAUUCCACAAAUUCCUCUCGCAAUGCGAGCAGACAUCCGUCCGACGAAGAGGACGAGGGAAAUCUCAGCGAUGAUACCGCACUCAGUCUCGGCUCUCUCGAUGACUUGGCUGACCUCCCAGAUGCCGAUACCAGUGGCAACUGGAUUGAGGAACUAGAGGAUGUUGUGGAAGAUAUCCUAGACCGCAAGCGCAGCAGCGUCUUGGCCCGCGAAGAGGCCUAUGCUGCGUUCUGCCGUCUCGCUAAGUCACACUAUAUCGAAGAACGAAUCCGCAGUCGCGUCCUUGAUCUCAUGGCUGCUUUUGCCAAAAGCAUCAAAUUUGAAACCAGCGUGCGGGAGACGACUCUGGCCCUGCGAGCUUUGGGGCUCCUCACGAUCACAGCCGUCGAUGGCACGGUCUACGAGAAUACGGAGGCGUUGCUGACCCGCACGAUUCGCGACUCAACCUCCACCGCAGUCAAGGCUGCCGCCAUUCACUGUUUGAGCGUAUGCACCAGUUUCGGCGGUGCUGGCGAGGACAGUAUCCUUGAUCAGAUGACUUUCUUCCUGGAUAUCAUCGCUUCCGACGGGCAGUCCAUUGAAGCUGCCGACGACGCGGCCACAGUCACCGCUGCCCUCCAGGAAUGGGGUUACCUGGCCACCGAAAUUGAAGACCUGGAAGCGGAAAGCGAGGAAGCUAUUCAAAUCUUCAUGGACCAGCUGAGCAGCAAUGAUCCCGCCCUGCAGAUCGCCGCCGGCGAGAACAUUGCGCUUUUGUACGAAAAGAGCUACACUCCGCAAGAGGACGACGACGAAGAGGAGGACGAGGAAGGAGAAGAGGAGGAGUCGGAUGACGAAACGGAUGGGCCGAAGUUGGUCAAACGCUACAACGCCUACCACAACACCCACGAACUGGAGCAACAGCUGCAGUCUCUGGCCACUGUGCACCACAAGCGCAUCAGCAAGCGUGACAAGAAAAAUCUGCACAGCAAUUUCGCCUCGAUCCUGACGACGGUGGAGAACCCACGCCGGGGCCCCAUGUACAACACCGCCAUUGACCAGGACACCAACCGCCACUACGGCAGCAAGAUCCGCGUGAAGAUCGGCAAGGAGGGCGUCAUGAGCAUCGACCGCUGGUGGAAAUGGAUCCGCCUCAACGCCCUCCGCCGAGUGCUCCAGGGCGGUUUCGCCGUGCACUAUUUCGAAGGCAACCGCGCCGUGCUGGACAGCCUGCCGCUCAUCGUGCACGCACAAUCCUUUGGCGCUGACCGUGCGAGCGCCCGAAAGGCAGCCAAGGCGAAGUACAAUCACCGGUGGGCAAUUCACGAUCAGUCUGAUGAAAAUUAG